GUGAGCCAUGUUGGAGGAGUGGGCUGGAAAGGUGACUAUGCGGUCAAAAGUGGCGAGUUCCCCUUUGGAAGGACUAGUGAGCCAUGCUGGAGAAGGUGGGGGCUGGAAAGGAGACUGUGCAGUUAGAAGUGGCAAGCUCUACUGUGAAAGGUGCGGGGGAGAAAGGACACAAGACUGAGAAGCAGUUGGAAGUGUGGAAUGAAGUAACAAAACAUUUUCGGGCGGGGAUGCCACUGAGAAAACACAGACAACACUUCAAGGCCUAUGGAAAUUGCUUUACAGCUUCUGAAGCAAUAGAUUGGCUCCAUCACUUGCUAAAAACCAACAGCAAUUUUGGUUCUGAGGUGACACGGCAGCAGACCAUCCAGUUACUGAGAAAGUUCUUAAAAAACCAUGUAAUUGAGGAUCUAAAGGGAAGAUGGGGAACGGAGGAUCUAGAAGACAACAACAGUCUUUACAGAUUUCCUUCCACUUCCCCAGUUAAGACCAUUCCAAGCCGUCCUCCACUGUGGAAAAGAAGCAGUUUAGAAAAUGUAUUUAAAGAAAGAGAACCCAUAUUCAAGAUGCCGCAGUUCUCUAAAAAAACACCUAAAAGACCUGGUUCUGUGGAUUCUAAGGAAGAGCAAGAAAAUGAGGAUGUGACGGAAAACCAAGGGAAUGAUGAUUUUCCUAAGCAGCUGAGUAGCAAGGAUAUUGAUGACAUUUGGGGAAAUAUAACCUUGAUACACCUUCAGAAAAUACUCUGUUUGCCAUCGUUGGAAGAAGUUUUAAAUCCUGCUCAGAUAAAGCCUAAUUAUAUAAGGUAUAAUAUGACAAAUACCAGUAAGCAUGGAGUUGUUGUUCUUCAAGACAAAACAGAUGACCUUCCUCACUGGGUGCUGUCUGCUAUGAAAUGCCUUGCCAAUUGGCCAAAGAAUAAUGACAUGAGUCAAUCAACAUAUAUUGGUUUCGAACGUGAUGUUUUUAGGACAGUUGCUGACUAUUUCCUAAAUCUUCCAGAGCCUCUGCUCACAUUUGAAUUUUAUGAGCUUUUUGUUAAUAUUUUGGUUGUUUGUGGCUACAUAACGGUUCCCAAAAGUCAUAAUGGAAAACAUAGAUUCCAUAAUAAAACACUCGAUCCAGCACCAGCUAAAAAACAACACUUAAAUGAUGAAACCUUUUUCAAGUCAACAGAAUGUCUUCUUUUAAGUUUGUUACGGAAGGUCCCCAAUGAAGAAGAGGAGGAUGAUGUUGAGCAUAGUUUUGGGGAGAUUGCCAGAGACAACAAAGACCAAAUUCCUCAAGAUGUAUUUCCUAAAAAGACUCCUUUGUACAGUUCCUUCAGUAGAAGAUCCAAAAGGGGAAUUAUUGGAGGGAGUUGCCAAAAUCUUUCUACUUCCAGGAAAGAACCUGAUGUGAUCCACAAAGUAAGGUUACGUAGCUGCUCCCUGGAAGGUAUAGCUGAUAGUGUGUAUACAGACAACAAUGACUGUGAGAACAAAGUUCUGCAAGCUUCCUCGCAAAGACCAGAAUGCAGAGCUGUGAAAGAGAGUCCAAUAACAUCUGUAAAGAAAGCUGAAUCUGUGACUGGCUUUUAUGCUCCUCAUGAUAAACUGCACUACAGGACUAGUGAUGGGGGCUACUCCCAAAACAGUGAAAAGCUUGCUAGAUCAGUGAGCAUGGGGGAUUGUCUUGGGUCUCGUACAAGUAAAAAUGCACCGGUUGCUGAGAUCACUAUUAAACCUUUAAAAUCUGCACAAACUAGAAUGCAAAAGCGUUUGUCUUCUAUGGACAGUGAACCUGCAGAUCUGAAUUUCACCGUAACAAAGAGAUUAUGUCAGAGUACCAUGGAACUCUCAAAUUCUUCUUUACCUUCAACUUCUUCUUUACUGCCACAUACUACUACCCCCAACAGCUCUGGCUCGGCAAGCUUGUUGCAGCCACACUUGGAGAGAGUUGCAAUUGAGGCACUGCAACUUUGCUGUCUGCUGCUUCCGCCUGCAAACAGACGAAAGCUCCAACUGUUAAUGCGCAUGAUCUCUCGCAUGAGUCAGAAUGUGGAUAUGCCGCGGCUUCAUGAUGCCAUGGGGACAAGAUCCUUGAUGAUUCAAACCUUUUCCCGAUGUGUCCUAUGCUGUGCUGAAGAAGUGGAUCUGGAUGAAUUGCUUGCAUCAAGGCUGGUUUCCUUCCUCAUGGAUCAUCACCAAGAUAUCCUACAAGUGCCUUGUUAUUUGCAAACUGCUGUCCAAGAUCAUAUACAGUAUCUUCAAAGACCCCGUGUAAAGCAAGGCACUGUGCCAUCCUAUUACUUUUGUAAGCAGAUAAGCACCCAAGAGUUUGAAGAGCAGAGAUUGGCCACCUCUCAAGCUGCUAUGAUGGAACUUUUAGAAAAUAUUGUAAGAGACAGAAAUUUAGCAGUUAAAGACAAAAAGAAGAAGCUAAAGCAGUUUCAGAAACAAUACCCAGAUAUCUACCACAACCGGUUUCCAACCACUGAAAGUGAAGCCAAAUUGUUUGGAGAUAAACCUACAAUCAAACAACCAAUGUUGAUGCUGAAGAAGCCAAAGUUUAAAAGCCUGCGAUACUGACUAGAAAAUACACACAUUUAAAAAAAAAAAAAUUGUAUAAAUCCAGUUAUUUUAUGUACUAUGAAUUGUAUCUUUGCAAGACAUCAGUGCUAUCUUCAGCUAUGUUAUAUAAUGCUUUGUGUGAAUCUCUGACGGCUUCUUUGUACUGGUAAUCAGCCUCUUCUGCAAAUCAUGGAUACAUAGGAGUUUCAGGCUGUAAAUUCCUGCCUGUAGUAACUCUUUAGAUGCCACUCUAGUGCACUGGAGAAGGUGAUAUGCAGUGUCUUAUAGGACAAUCAUGGGUAACUGUUAGGUUGUCUACAAUAAUAAUGUAUAACCACUUCCCAAGCACCCAAAAUAUGUAUGAUUCUUAUUGCAACCUGUUAGCAUUUUGGCUAUUUUCUAAGGCUCGGUUAAUGUCCCUUCCAAACUAAGACAAGCUCUCCUUGGACCCAGCACACACUCCUUAAACAUCUUAAACUCCAUUAACAUUAGCCUCAUGUGUAGAAUAAUUAUACAGGGAUGCUUGAUGAUGGCAGGGGGGCGGCAGCUACCCUCAAAGAGAAAAUUUGUCUUUAUGGGUCAUUUUGAGCCCAGACACACCCACACACCUUAUUCCUAACCCAUUUUAGUUUGUGGUUUUUUUUUGUUUUUUUUAAUAUGGCAUAAAUAACAACAAAGCUCAUGUGCCGUGCUGAGCCUAAAUGCGAUGCAGAGGGUAUAUUAUACUAUACACUGCUUGUGCUAUAUGUACCGGUAAUGCCUGAUACAGACUAAGCCUUCCAAUUGAAAACUUUGAGUUAACAGUCAAGAUUCAAACUUCUGUGUGCCUUAAGAGAGGUACUAGUCUUAAGCUUGGUAUUAGCAAGUUCUGUGUGGAAGUAUACUAUAUAACUUAUAAAGACAAAAAAAAAAAAAAACACUAAGGCUAGGUUCCACCAAAGAAUGGCCAUAUGGUGAAGUCUUUAUUUCUUAGAGCAGCUGCCUGCAAGAGACCUACAUUGCUUUUUCUGUGUAUUGGAGAAAAUUGCAAGGAUAUUGUCAGCCCUUGCUAAACAGUCACCUGUCUGAUUGUGACACGGUGGAGCAGACCCACCAUACUCCAUACCACAGCUAAAGUUUAGGUUAUGAAAUGGCCCCUGUAACUUUUCUUUCUCUCAGAUUUGUGGAAUGCGCUUUCCACUCCUCUUCCCUUGUACAGUAAAUCAGAUUCUGAAAAUUUGCAGAUUAUAGCUCCUAUUUGUUACUGCAAUAUAACAAAAUCCAGUUUAUAUAAUGCCUUGUGGCUUGCUCUAAUUCCUUCUUAAACAAUUAUGGCCACCUUAUUUUAGAUCUUUUCCUACUUUUCUGUACCAUGUACUAAACAAAGGAAACAUGAUCCUACUUAAAAUAGUUUGCCAAAGAUGGGCAAAAUUAGAACAGGUUUUUUUUUCUCUAUAAUAUAUUUUGCUUAGUGUGAUUUGCACACCUUGUGUGUAACCUGUUCACUGCCUGAAGGUACGAAACUGACAUUCAUUAAGGCUGUAAUUGCAAGUCUCUUAUACUGACUUUUACAGUGAUUGCUGUACUUUGCACUCUGUUUGUAAAUGUUCUGUCCUAUUUAUGUUUUACCACAUGUUUAUUUUUGUAUUCAUUGCAUGUCAUUUUUUGCAGUGAACCAAGAUGAAGAAAUUUGUAACUGCUUUUUUUCAGAUAUGCAUGUACUAUUCCAAAGCCAUAUUUUUUCAAAUGAGAAGAAAAAUAAAGAAUUAUCUAUCUUU